CACUAGGCACCGCCAUCCAUAUACAACAUUCCCCUUUAAAGCCGCAUCCCCCCCAUGACCACCUGGGGGGGCCCUUAACUGAGCUGACCCCCCCCACCAGCAGUCACAGUCCCUCCUUCCUCCAGCUCCCCCAAAACUCUGCUUAGUACAUAGACCCCCUACACCGGGCAGAUGCCCCCCCACUCUACUCACCAGUCCCCCUACACUGGGCAGAUGUCCCCCAACCUACUCACCAGUCCCCCUACACUGGGCAUAUGUCCCCCCAACCUACUCACCAGUCCCCCUACACUG